AUGUGCUUCCUUUUUAAAAAUGUACUGUCAAUUUUUUUGAAGUGUAUAUCGGUUGGUUACUUUGUGAUGGGACUUGUCUGGAAGAUCCACACCGGCCUGAUUAAGGAAAGCUGGAUUGAGGUCCUGAACAGACUUUGGAUAGGUAACCUCCGACUGGGGGUCACAUUGAACGCCCUGGUACUAACUGGUGUUUGUCUUUUCCCUGUUUACGUCAUCUGUGGAUGUAUCGGAUUAAUGGGGAUAUUUUGCAGGAAGCCAAUCUUUAUUGUUUUGUACAUGCUGUCGCUAAUGUUUUUCAUCUUGACUGAUGUAAUUUUCCUCUCGCUGUUUGUUGUUCUUCGUGACGGAUUUGGAGGAUCGCUCGCUUUGGACUUUCAAGGUAUUUACAUACAGAUGGCUGCGGUUUAUCGUAGAUGGCCUUAUACCGAUGUUAAAGGCAUCAAAGACGAUUGGUUUGACAUGUUUUCUACAUUGGGGUGUUGUGGUGUAACCAGUCAGCACAGCACAUACAGCUACGAAUGUAUUGGUUACAACCCCUGGGAAAAUUGUUGGGGAAAAUUUGGUGCAGCUAUGAGGCCUUUUUUGACAACAUAUGCUUGCCUUGCAGGAAUUUGCCUACUCACUGAGAUUGUACAACUAGGGUUAUGUGACUCGAUAUACAGCCAAAUGUCACAUAAGAGAUAUCCCUUUGCUUUGGCACGAACCUUGUUGAGAAUGACAAAAUUUCAUAUUUCUUACUUUUCUAGGUCUCGACUAGGGUUUCUUGCAAACAUUUGGAGGCUGUUGUCAUGUGUACCAGCAGUGUGUCUGAUAGUGUUUGGAACGGUGCUCCUCACUGAUUCUAAGCUGUCUGGGACCUUUGUCUCCGGAAUCUUUGGGCAUAUCUACAUACUUGGAUUGAACUUCCGGGACAUUAUUGAAGGAUUCGGAGUACUGAUGAUUGUUUUAGGAUCUGUUGAAUUUGUUGUGAAUUCUUUAGCGUUUAUAUCCGACGUCAUUCUCCAUAACAGGACAAAGAGCAAAGUGAUUGCAGUAACCAAAGUUCUGUUAUUCAUCACAGAAGUUAUCUGGCUGGGGUUAAUCAUCAAACUUGCUGUUCAGGUCACAAGUGAUCUGAGAUUCAAAAUGGCAAAUUUAUUGAGAAAUUUCUCUAGCCUUCAACGGGCAUGGUUAACUCUGUUUGGAGAACUGGAGUGUUGCGGUGUAACUGCCUCGAGCGAUAUAUGUACUUUGACGUCUGGAAUUUAUCAUUGUUCUCAGCUACCUCUAACGUGCUGUCAGCACAGUUUAUACAAUGUAUCAGAAAACACUCUCUAUAGCACUUCAGUGUGCAGUACGCCAAACACACCCUGUUUGGAAGCAGUGUCAUCCAGAUUUAAGACUUACACCACCGGGUAUUUCGUAGGAAUAUCUCUGUCUCUUCUGUUUGGGGUUUUGGGAAUAAUAUUAACAUUCCUCCAUAUAAGAUCACUCAGAGAUAGAGAUGAGAUAGAAGAUGGAGAGCAGAGAAAUGACGAUCAUCCCGAGCUGGAAAGGAAAACGACCCCAAAAAAUAGUUGUAGACGGAUGAUUAACUACUGUAAAAGGGACAUACAGCGCAAAAUGAUAGUCAUAACAUCUGCAAUUUUAUUGAUGAUUGCAGUGGGACUAUUUACAGAAGGAUUAGUGUUGAUUUACGAUAAAGUGUUCAACCAUGACAUUAUCCGGGAUGUCCUCUGGAGUGCCUUAUCCUUUGAUGGCUUGUCCUUCAAUCAUAUACGCCAGUCUUAUUCGGCAUUUAUGAUUUCUUCAGCUAUUGUAAUUCUGAUGGUUUCCGUGAUAGGAAUGUUUACCUUAAGAACAAAAUCAAAAUAUCUUCAUAUCAUUCAAAUAAUUUUGGUCAGCCUGUGCUGUUCUUUAAUGGUUAUUGGUACUGGGCUUUGGGGAAAGUCAAAAGAUACAAUAAGCUAUAGACUGGCAAACGAGAUGACCUCGUUUUUACGAAAUUAUGGAUACAACGAAAAUGUAGGAUACAUAUUUUCAAAUACAGCAUCGUCAGCUUGGAGUAACCUUUUCGCCUUGGCGGAAUGUUGCGGUAUUUUUGAUUAUGCAGGCAGUGAGAUAUCAAGUUAUCUGUCUGCCGAUAAAAUACCUAUUUACUGUUGUAAAGAAAACCCCUUCACAGAGACCUACGUCCAGGAUAAUGACAAUUGUAUGGACUUCCUACAGACUGAUCUUCAACAUAACAAAUCAUGUAAAGAUGCAUUACUUACACGACUUGAUGUUUACAGUAAUCUAUUUUUCGCACUCUCUGGCUUAACUUUUGCAGUUUUAACUUUCCAGUUUAUUUUGAUAAUUUACAAGUUAAAGAAAGGGUAUUUUAUUCCAAUCAUCAAUGACAAAUACUUGAAGAUGACAAAACUGUUGUGUAAAACGGAAAAGGGAUAUCGGAAAAUCUUUACUUUCGAAAAACGAAUGAUAUUCACCAUCGCAGCAUUUUUGUCAUCCUUAAGCAUGUUAAUACUAGGUAUUGUCAUGAAGCACGAUGAGAAAAUGACGGGGGGAUAUGUAUACCACGUGUACAGAUAUCUUUACUUCAGAGGUGUUAAUUUCUUGGACAUUGUCAAGGAUACGUAUCUAUCGUUAAUCAUCCUUGGAACCUUGUCGGCGACAAUGGGCUUGCUUAAGCUAACAGACGUGUUUCGAGAAUUACAGAACAAAAGAAAAAAUUACGUGUAUACUGGUGUUGUGACGAUUUUAAUCCUUACAAAACUGGUCUGCAUUUCCUUGAUGGCAACAGUUCGCAUAGACAUUGAUGAAAAUGCUUCCUAUCAAUUAACAAAUAUGGAUCGGCAGUAUCGAAAUCAAAACACUUUGUAUGACAGCAUGAUGUACAGCAUCCUGAAUCGUUUCUACAAAGUGUUUGAUUGCUGUGGUGCUGGGGGACCAUAUGAACUGGCAAACAUGGCAUCUACCAGUGGAUACACAGGAUAUACAGGAGCCCAACCAUAUGCCUGUUGCUAUGGAGAUUCAUAUCUGGAUUCUUCCGCUAUGCUCCUUAGUGUCGUAUGUGAAAAGAAGGCUUGUUCAACAGAGUUUUUAAGUACAGUUGAUCUCUACAGUAAUGGAUUUAUAGCAGUCGUGUCUCUGACGACAAUCUUUGAGAUUAUUUGCAUUGUCAUAGAGCUUCGUGAUACCGUAAGAUUAAAAAAGACGAAACAGUUUGGUGUAUUGAGAAAUGUCAAGAAUUUUUUUUUAGGAUACGAUGGUCAUAAAAAGAAAAUAACCACAGGGAUAGUGCUAUCCGUUGUUAUCAUUCUUAACUCCUUUGGACUGGUUGCUGAAAGCUUCAUUCUUCGCCAUGACUCCGUGUUCUCCCAUAAACAGAUAGACCUCAUCUUCGGUAGCAUCUCAAUGAUAAACCUAUCCUUCAGUAGGAAUCUCAUCAUCUGGAGGUGGUUAUUGAUUACUUCUGCAAUACUUCUAGUGUUAGGGGGAUUUUACACAAUGAUGUCAAUUCAACGAGGAUCAAAAUUCCUGCAUCUGACCGCGCUUGUUUUUCACAGUUUCUGUUUAUGUACCAUAAUAGCUGUGACUGGAUGGUGGAUUGCAGUCCAUAAAUCUGGUCUUUCAGAUUACAUUUUUCCAACACAUUUUACUUCGUACUUGAAUUCUGCUUACAGUUGGUCGAUUGAUGGUGCUUGGAAUAAUCUGUUCAAUACUCUUGAGUGUUGUGGAUAUAGAACCGGAUCAGAAUUCGAUUUCUAUUAUACCUAUAAGCAAGUUGGUACUUCUGGGUUUUCCCAAAUGUCCCUUUUCUGCUGUCAUUCGAACCCAUUGACAAAAUCCUAUAACUACAAUAGCAAUUGUUACCCAUCACAAUAUAGAGAGCCGUGCUAUGAUAAGCUCUCGGAAAGACUUCUUCGUUAUAGCAUCGGAUUUUACGUCAUGAUGUCAGUGUGCCUUAUAAUGGAGAUAGUCCUAAUCAUUAUACUAGGGGUCCUGAUUAAGAAUGAUGAACCUUUCAGAGCUGAUAAAGUAUUGCUAAAAAUAAAAAGUGUUUAUUCAAAAAGCCAAAGGAAGAAAAACAAACGAACAGAUACAAAGGACACUGUAAACAAGCAAGAUGAAAGCGAAAGUAUUACGUUGAGUAAGGAAAAUUCUCCAGAUUCAAAGAAAAGGAAGGUUAAGAUCGCGGACAACAAGAUAGAACCUAUGUCCACUGAUCCUGAGAAUAUAAGAAAUGUCUCAAAUGAUACCACUAAUAAAGCUCCAAACAAUAUCGCACCAUCGUCUUCUGACUCUCGAAGUCAGAAAGAUGACUCAAAACAUACAAGCCAUAUUCCUGUCAACUCUUCAAACGACGACGACACUCUGAAUCUAACAAAAGAGGAGUCAUCUCUCGGCAAUGAAUUGCCGACACAGCCAGACAGGGAUGAGAACCAUGGUGUUAAUACAGAAGAAACAGAAAGGGAUGCAGCAGCUAUAGAUGAUCGAACUUUGAAUAAAGACAAUCUCGAACUGAGUAGACAGAAUGAGGACGAUGUAAAUAACCUACAGAUAGAUAAUAAUGAUGUAAAUGACUGACAUGCUGUAGCGGAUAUGUUUCUACUGAAAUCUACUGUAAAAGACAAGAAUAAGGAUCUGAAAAUAUGAUGUUUGUUUUAUGCAAUCCAAGCAAUGUGGAAAUUCUCCUACUAACUUACCAACUUUACAUAUGUAAAGUUACUCUGGACAUGUGAUGAUGAACUUCUGUUUUGUCAUAACACAAGUCACUGUUUUGUCGUGU